CGACGGCUCAGCCAAUCCCCGAGCGCGGAGAAGAGCGUCACCCGGGGGCGGUGUCCCGCGGACCACGUGGCUGGGAGGCGCCAGUGCAGGCUGGGGAUCCGUUACCCGCCCAGAGGGCUGGCGGACGGCAGGGCGGAGCCGGAAGGGCCGGACACCCCGGGUGACCCCUGCCUGGUGCCCUCCCCCAGCGAUGGGCGUGCAGCCCCCUAACUUCUCCUGGGUGCUCCCGGGCCGGCUGGCGGGGCUGGCGCUGCCUCGGCUCCCCGCCCACUACCAGUUCCUGCUGGACCUGGGAGUGCGACACCUGGUGUCCCUGACUGAGCGCGGGCCCCCCCACGCCGACAGCUGUCCCGGCCUCACGCUGCACCGACUGCGCAUCCCGGACUUCUGCCCCCCGGCCCCGGACCAGAUCGACCGCUUCGUGCAGAUCGUGGACGAGGCCAACGCCCGGGGAGAGGCCGUGGGAGUGCACUGUGCCCUGGGAUUCGGCCGCACUGGCACCAUGCUGGCUUGCUACCUGGUGAAGGAGCGGGGCUUGGCUGCAGGAGACGCCAUUGCUGAAAUCCGGCGCCUUCGACCAGGCUCCAUCGAGACCUACGAGCAGGAGAAAGCAGUCUUCCAGUUCUACCAACGAACUAAAUAAAGGGCCUCAGCAGCCUUCUGCCAGGCCCCCACUCCCUUGCCUAUGUGGAAGGUAGGACCGGAGACAGAAGUAGACUCAAGCUUUAAACUCUCCAGUUCCCACUGGCUUCCGCUGGACUGAAGUAGCCUUUCUCUGCAGGUGAGUCCUGACUGACAGGAUACCUGGGUACCACUGAAGCGGGGAGAAGGGGUUCCUAGUGCUGCUUCCUUGAAUAAAUAACGUACAAGAACCAGCUCACGCUGCACAGCACUUACACAGCGCCCCCAGACUUCAUACUAGCCCUGUGCUGCAGGGAAGGCACAGACCCUCCCUGUUCUUUGGAUGAGGUUGCUAAGGCGCAGAGAGACCCAAGGUCACUUCUACAAAGUGGAAAGGUGGGUCAGGACCACAACACAUAUCUUCAGCCUCUUGAAGAUUCUGAAACUGUAUCUAUUCACUGAUGAUGCUUGAUAUGAUUUCUGGGGAACUGGUCAAUGAAAAGGAUGCAAAUCCCAGCAUCCCCAGGUCUCUGACACUCCCAGGCCAGCAGAUCACUGUUGAUGCAGCCCGUCAGCCUGGGCCCCCCUGCUCCAUGUGUGUCGCCCCUGCCCCGCUCAAGGCAGAGACGGCCUGGAUGUCAUGUUCACAGAUGACCAUCAUCUCCAUCUCCCUGGGUGGGCAUCUUCUACCGUCUCCUGCCAGCCUCCGCUCCUCCGACCUCAUCCUCAGACGGAGGAGUGCUGGAAAUGAGACAGUCUGGGUGCUGUACACAUUGUACAGAGUAGAUACUUGAUAAAUAAAAGCUCUAGGGUUAUGAAUCUUG